GAGAUGAAAAGAAGAUGGAAGUGAGAAAUGAAACAAAGUAAAGGAACAUAUUAAAAAAAACUAUACGCGCUUCGUCGGGGGAAAACAAGGGGAGCCGUGGAAACGCUGUCGCCACUUUUUGAACGUGCUUCGAAGUGCAGAGCAACACAUGAUUUGGACAGAGAGGACUGACAGCCUUGCCUAGCACCCGGCCUCUGAUCAGCCAUCUCCACCAGCAAACUGAAGCUUGACCCGCACUUCAUCACCAGCCACACAAGCAUCUUCGUAACAAAACGUCAUCUGACUGUGACAUCAGUUGCAAGGGGAUGACCGAGCGCAUUCAUAACAUCAAUCUUCACAACUUCAGCAAUUCUGUACUUGAGACCCUCAAUGAGCAGCGCAACCGUGGGCACUUCUGUGACGUGACUGUUCGGAUCCAUGGAAGUAUGCUGCGAGCUCACCGGUGCGUGCUGGCUGCUGGAAGCCCCUUCUUUCAGGACAAGCUGCUCUUGGGCUACAGCGACAUUGAGAUCCCUUCUGUGGUCUCAGUGCAAUCCAUCCAAAAGCUGAUUGACUUUAUGUACAGUGGGAUUCUGCGGGUAUCUCAAUCAGAGGCCCUGCAGAUCCUUACUGCUGCCAGCAUCCUACAGAUCAAGACCGUCAUUGAUGAGUGUACCCGCAUCGUGUCCCAGAAUGUGGGCUUGGCUGGGCCAGGGGGAUUCCCUGUUAUACCAGGAGAUUCUGGUCAGGAAACACCCCGUGGCACUCCUGAGUCUGGCACCUCUGGGCCCAGCAGCGACGCAGAGUCAGGUUAUAUGCAAGCAACAUCACAGCAAAGCAUGGAUCGUGCAUACACAUCACUGUACACCUACCCUGGCCUGAACGGCAACCGCGAGCGCCCCCUUUACAUUAACCCUCUGUCGGCAAAUUACGAUUCAACUCUCAGCACUCAGAAGGACCAGCAAUCUCAAGAUCCGCCCUGGAUAAACCGAAUCCAGGAGAGAUCUCAGCAGGUCGAUCGCUUCAUCUCCACAGCAGAGUCCACUCACUGCCGCAAGCAACCCCGACCGGUACGCAUACAAACAGGAGGGAUGCACAUAAAGCAGGAGGCUGAAGAUGAGUACAGCUGCUACGAUAAUUUGGGGGACUGCCAAGAUGACACUGACCAUACAGAGGGUGUAGAGAGUGAAUCCAAGGUUGAAAGUUUUGACUCAGGGGUGAGCUCCUCCAUCAGCACUGAGCCAGAUGCUAUGGAACAGCAGCCGUACCUGACGGGCUUUAGCCAAGACGGGAGCAGGGAAGGGCAGCAAGGUGAAGGAGCUCCAGUGCAGAUAGAGGUCAAUGACUCGUCCCCAGAGCAAGUGCAAGAGACAGAGGACGGGGACACAUCCCACAGCACUAGUGACAGUAGCAUGAUGCAGCCCCUGCCAAACUCAGUCAUGUCCCAGUCCCUGCCAAGUGCCCCGCACUACAUGCGCCAGGCAGAAUCACACACCAGCAAUCUGAGGAUGCCGCUCACCGUGACCAGCAAUUCCCAAGUGAUGGGCACUGCUGGAAGCACCUUCCUGCCCACACUCUUUCCUACACAGCCGGCUAGAGACAACAAGCCUUUCCUUUACCUUCCUGGCCAGCAGCAACCACAGUUUGUGGCAGUGCCGCCCCCUGCAAUGCCAUCAUUCCCGAACCCCAUGUCGGUACCACAAGCGCCAGCUCAGCAGCAACAGCCUGCAGGAGGAAUUGGUCAGGGGGAAAAGAAGCCCUAUGAAUGCACUCUCUGCAGUAAAACCUUUACUGCAAAACAGAACUACGUCAAACACAUGUUUGUCCAUACUGGUGAGAAGCCUCAUCAGUGCAGCAUCUGCUGGCGCUCGUUCUCCCUGAAGGAUUACUUAAUCAAACACAUGGUGACACACACAGGGGUGCGGGCCUACCAGUGCAGCAUCUGCAACAAGCGUUUCACCCAGAAGAGCUCUCUCAAUGUCCACAUGCGGCUGCACCGUGGAGAGAAGUCCUAUGAGUGCUACAUCUGCAAGAAGAAGUUCUCUCACAAGACCCUGCUGGAGAGGCACAUGGCCCUGCACAGCACAGGCAGCGCCAUCACAGGGCUGUCAGGGAGCGCAGGUACCCCGGGCCCCGUCUCCAUUCCCAUUCCUAUGGCUGUCCCUGAGCCUGGAGCUGGAGUGGUGGCCCUCGCCAUGCCAGUGAGUGGAGGUGCUGGAGUAGGGGCUGGGGUUGGAACAGGAGUGGGUGUAGCUGCAGAAGCGAGCUGCCAAGAAGGGACCACCUACGUGUGCUCCGUCUGCCCUGCCAAGUUCGACCAAAUGGAGCACUUCAAUGACCACAUGCGAAUGCAUGUCUCCGAUGGAUAAGUACAAAUAGAUAAACUUCUUUCAAAAAGAAUGACAAAUAAAAUGGCACUAGAUUUUCCUUUUCUUAUUUUGAGGUAUGAAGAGUAAUGAGUAUAGACACUGGCACAUUAAGUUUCCCAAAAAAAAAAAAAGAUUUUUUUUUCUGUUAUUCUAAAAGAAAAAAAAGAUGGUGGCCUUAAGGCUUAGUAGUUUGAUAUUGAUCUACUGGAUGGAUCCUAACUACAGGCCUCUAAAUGUAUGCUUUCCUAAAAUACUGAUUUAUGUGUUGAACACUACCGAAAGGCCUACGAAAGAAACACAUACACACAAACACACCUUUAGUGUAGAUAUGUCUGAAUGAAUAUACAUGUGCAUUUAUGUUUGGGCGUUUGGUUUGUGUAUUUGCAUGUGUCUGUCUGUCCGUCUGUGUGUGUGUGCGUGUGUGU